GGCUGCGGAGCCGGGCUCUGCCCCAUGGCCCGGCCCGGGCGCUAGGUGCCCCGCCGCGAUGAAGACCAUCAUCGCCGCCUACUCGGGGGUGCUGCGAGGUACAGGUUCAAGCAUUCUCUCUGCUCUGCAGGAUUUGUUCUGGCUAUCGAAAUCUAAAGUAGAGAAACAACUCCAGAUCAUCUCUGUGCUGCAAUGGGUUCUCACUUUCCUCAUCAUGGGUGUUGCUUGCACUUUAAUCCUCAUGUACAUACUGUGCACAGACUGCUGGGUGAUUGCUGCUCUAUAUUUAGCCUGGCUGGUAUUUGACUGGAAUACACCAAAGAAAGGUGGUAGAAGAUCCCAGUGGGUCAGAAACUGGGCUAUAUGGAGAUAUUUCAGAGACUAUUUUCCAAUAAGGCUGGUUAAAACCCACAACCUGCUGACCACCAGGAAUUACAUUUUUGGGUACCAUCCACAUGGAAUCAUGGGCUUGGGUGCCUUUUGCAACUUUAGCACAGAGGCCACGGGAGUCAGCCAGAAAUUCCCUGGGAUCCGACCAUACCUUGCUACACUGGCUGGGAACUUCAGGAUGCCCAUUUUGAGGGACUAUUUAAUGUCUGGCGGUAUAUGUCCUGUGAACCGUGACAGCAUAGACUACAUCUUGUCCAAGAAUGGCAGUGGCAAUGCUAUCAUCAUCGUGGUGGGAGGUGCAGCAGAGUCCCUGAACUGUACUCCAGGGAAGAACUCCGUGACACUGAAAAACCGGAAAGGAUUUGUGAAACUGGCUCUACAGCAUGGUGCGGAUUUGGUUCCUGUCUAUUCAUUUGGGGAGAAUGAAGUGUACAAGCAGGUGAUCUUCGAGGAGGGCUCUUGGGGAAGAUGGGUUCAAAAGAAGUUUCAGAAACAUAUUGGCUUUGCUCCAUGCAUCUUUCAUGGCCGUGGCCUCUUCUCCUCCAACACGUGGGGAUUACUACCUUACUCCAAGCCCAUCACUACUGUUGUUGGAGAGCCCAUCACCAUUCCAAAGACUGAUAAUCCAUCCCAGAGGGAAGUAGACUUCUAUCACAGCAUGUAUGUGAACUCUCUGAUCAAACUCUUUGACAAGUACAAGAGUAAGUUUGGCCUGCCAGAGACUGAGGUCUUGGAAGUCAACUGAAGGGACUGGCUUAGCAGCAUCUUCUCUCAGAAUCAACACAUCCUCUCCAAGAGUCCAAGCUGUCAUCAUAUAUUUGAAAGCAUAUGUGGAUGUAUGUGUCCUUCAAAGGAAGUGUUUAAAGCAUUGUUACACCACUUGUAAAAAUAAAAAUGGCUUUGCUUUGGAUAAAUCCCAUUACAAACUUCUUACUAUCCAAAAGAACACAACCCUAUUGCUGUGAGGAUUUGGAUGUGAGAAAUGAUUGCCUUUAAUCUGCUAUAUAAUGCUGUCGGAUUGCCAGCAAUGGAUUAGAAACAUAUCUAUGGCUACAGUAUUGUACCCCUUAGCACAAGCUAUUCUGGGAAAGUGGGAUCCAUUUGUUUUUUAGUCAAAAAGCAGCUGGCUGAUUUGACCAGAACAGCAGUAUUACAGGCAUAUUGCAGAAGAGCCAUGUUGAUAAAUGCUUACACAGCACAAGGGCAUUUCUGGUUUGGAAAAGCCCCUUCUGAAAGCACAGGCAAUGCAAGCAGGAGCCUCCAGGUGUGGCACCUACUGUGCUCAGUGCAGAAAACCAAAGGACUUCUGAGUCCAAUGGACCUUGAUUUGUACAGUGUAUUGGACACUUUGGCUGUGUAACCCCACUUUUUGUUUUUAAUGUCACUUCAUAAGCAGGUCUGUCCCUAGAUGCUGCUUGCUCGGGGUUGUGUAGCAGGAGGUGGUGGGCUCAUUCAGAGCCAGAGUACUCAAACAAGCUCGAGGAGUACAGAGAUGUGCAAUUGGGUGGCCCCAGUGUUGCAGACCCUUAGGCUACCUGUAGGCGUAAAUGCAGUGGGACUGUUCACGUCAAUCCACUGGAUCCCAAAAGCAUUUGGGGAAAGCCAGGAGCAACUCCUGCCUGAAGAAGGCUUUUAAAUAUUCCAUCCAGUGAAUGUAAAGGAAUAGCCUUUUUAUGCGUAGGUUCUAAAAUGAGUGAUUUUUUAAAGUGUUUAAAAAGAUGUUUACGUGGCUGUGAACAUUGCUUAUAGUGAGAUUUCUUCAGAGUACAGUGUGUUUAUGCAUUAACCUGAAACAUUGCACUACUUGCAUGUCUGACCUGCCUUUUCAACAGUUCAGUUGAGUGUUUCAAGCUCUAAAAUGUGCCUUUGUUCCAUGCAAGAGGAUGGUACUUCACAUUCCUGGGAUCUUGCCUCUAAUGACAAAUGUUCAUCUGUCAGAUUUGAUAGAAUAUUGUAUUACAGAUUACCAUUUUUUGUACAAAUUUCUAGAAAUAAACUGGAGCAAAAAUGA